UAUUGUUUUUUAAUUUUUGUCUUCUUCAACCCCUGGAGGGUUUGAUUGCUUCUCUUUGAUAUAUAAAUGUAAGAGAUAUUUGUAUUUGCUUCUUCUUCCUUUUCAGUACACAAUAUUCUCUUUAACCUACAGCCACCUUAUCUCUCUCUCUACCACCGCCUCUCUCUUUCUCGCUCUAUCUCUAUCUUUAUGUUCUGGUGUUGAAGCACCAGAUUACAUUGGUUGUUCUUGGAGGAACCUAAGAGAGAGAGAGACAUGGAGGCUGUUCUUCAGACCAAAGGGCUUCUCUCUCUUCCCACCAAUCCCAGAAACAGGGUUUUGAACCCAUCACACGGCUUAAAACACCGAUUUUUCUCACUGAAGCCCAAAGCCCUUGAUGGGUUUUCUCUCACUACCAAUGGAUUCCAAAAACUCCAAGCUUUUGAGCCAAAAGUUAAUGCCUUUGUUCCAAAGGACAAAAAUUUGUUCAUUUGCAGGGCUGAAGCUGCUGCUGCUGCUGCUGAUGGGCAACCUGUGUUUGGGGAAGCUGAGGCUGAGAAUCCCAAGUUUUUGGGCAUUGAGAUCACAACCCUCAAAAAGAUUAUCCCUUUGGGGGCUAUGUUCUUUUGCAUCCUCUUUAACUAUACCAUUCUUAGAGAUACAAAGGAUGUUCUUGUUGUGACGGCCAGGGGAAGCAGUGCGGAGAUUAUUCCGUUUCUCAAAACAUGGGUGAACCUUCCUAUGGCUGUUGGGUUCAUGUUGUUAUACACAAAAUUGGCUAAUGUUUUGUCCAAACAGGCUCUUUUCUAUAGUGUUAUUCUCCCUUUCAUUGCUUUCUUUGGGGCGUUUGGGUUUGUUUUGUACCCUCUCAGCAACUAUAUCCACCCUCAGGCUUUUGCAGACAAUCUUCUCAACAUCCUUGGACCUAGGUUCCUUGGUCCACUUGCUAUUAUGAGAAUAUGGAGCUUCUGUUUGUUCUAUGUUAUGGCUGAAUUGUGGGGCAGUGUGGUCAUUUCUGUGCUGUUUUGGGGAUUUGCUAAUCAGAUAACUACUGUUGAGGAAGCAAAACGAUUCUACCCACUGUUUGGACUUGGGGCCAAUGUAGCUCUUGUGUUCUCUGGACGGACGGUGAAAUACUUUUCUAAUCUGAGGAAGAAUUUAGGUCCUGGUGUUGAUGGUUGGGCCAUCUCUCUAAAAGCAAUGAUGAGCAUAGUUGUAGUUAUGGGGUUUGCAAUCUGUUUCUUGUACUGGUGGGUGAAUAAUUAUGUACCUCUUCCCACACGUAGCAAGAAGAAGAAGGAUAAGCCCAAAAUGGGAACAAUGGAGAGCUUGAAGUUUUUGGUGUCUUCAAAGUACAUUAGAGAUCUUGCCACUUUAGUGGUUGCUUAUGGAAUUAGCAUCAAUCUCGUUGAAGUUACUUGGAAGUCUAAGCUUAAAGCUCAGUUCCCUAGCCCCAACGAGUAUUCUUCAUUUAUGGGUGACUUCUCAACUGCAACUGGAAUUGCCACGUUCACCAUGAUGCUUGUUAGCCAAUUUAUAUUUGACAAAUAUGGAUGGGGCGUUGCUGCCACAAUCACACCUACGGUCCUGCUUUUGACUGGAGUUGGUUUCUUUUCUCUUAUAUUGUUUGGUGAACCACUUGUACCCGGUCUUGCAAAGUUUGGAAUGACUCCACUACUAGCAGCUGUAUAUGUGGGUGCGUUGCAGAACAUAUUCAGCAAGAGUGCUAAGUACAGCUUAUUUGAUCCCUGCAAAGAAAUGGCCUACAUACCAUUGGAUGAGGACACCAAGGUUAAAGGUAAGGCAGCCAUUGAUGUUGUGUGCAACCCAUUGGGGAAAUCUGGAGGUGCCCUUAUUCAGCAAUUUAUGAUCUUAACUUUUGGAUCACUAGCUAAUUCAACCCCAUACCUUGGAGGGGUGCUUCUGCUGAUUGUUUCUGCAUGGCUAGCAGCAGCCAAGUCCUUGGAUACGCAGUUCACCGCAUUGCGGAAAGAGGAAGAACUUGAGAAACAGAUGGAAAGAGCAGCUGCUGUUAAGAUACCAGUGGUGGCUGAGAACAAUGAGGGUGGAAAUGGUUCUCUUGCAACUGGGUCACCAGCAGCCGGUGACUCCUCAAGUAGUCCAUCUGAAGCCUCAACUCCUCGCAAUAUUUAAGAGAAAAAUGUGCUUCUUUCUGUGCAAAAUUGCCAUGCAGAAGGAACAAGUAGAGAUCUUUGAGAGGAGUGAUAGAUGAAACUAUUUGUUGUAGGUUUAUUACAUAUAAACUCUUAUAGAAUAAGCUUGCUACUUACUUUCUCAAGUCUUGAUUUUUUUGUCCCCAUAGAUAAGAUGAAUUUAUUUACUUGUUUCUAUCAAGGUUGGUGAACCACAUUUGUUUUCCAAUGAAAGAUAGAACUCGUUUCAGUGUUUGUAAUCUCAAAUCUCUGUUUCUCUAUUUCUAGUAAUUGGGUGAUCAUGACUUUGUGGGCUAAAUUUCAGGUGGGUUUCUCGAUGGUUUUGGGCUUCAGGAGUGUGGAAAAGGGAUAAUUAACCGCUGCCAGCCCAAAAAAAAGUAUAUUUGGUGGUGGGAGUAAUAGACAGAAGGGUCAAGGACAGCCCAACAAACGAACAAGAACAUAUUUUUAUUUGAUGUAACGAAAACCAUGAUGAAUGGGCUGGAUCCAACAAAAUAUAAUAAAUGCAAGGUUUACGUUUUACUCAGAGCUUUAUUUGUCUGCGUCAAAAACGACAAGAAUGGUCACGAGAUUGGGUGUGAUGUGACCCCGUGGUGGUGCCAUACGCAAAUUUUGGAUUCUUUGUUCUUUUCCCCAUUUUGACAUGACAUUGGUAUACCCUUUUUUAUUUCUAAGGAGGUUGUAUUUAUAUUAAGGUAAAAUGUAAAAGGAGAAUGUGUGGGCAUUAUGGGGGUAAUUUAAUAAUUGACAUCUUACUCAUGAUUAAUAAAAAUAUGCGUAACUUCAAGAGUAUGUUUGUCAGCGAGAUCUUUUGAAGAAAAGAGAAGAGGGGGCAAUUUUUUAAUUCUCAAAUGAUUAGUUAUAUAAAAUUUAUAU